AUGUCCUCAAAACUCACCCGUUUCGUCAACAAUGGCGCCGGUCUAGAAAAGACUCUUCGCAUGAUCCAAUCCGUAGCGCAAAUCGCCGCAGUUUUCACCGUCGGCAGUACUGCCGUGCAAUUGACGACCGCCAAGUUGCAAUUGGCUCUGACUCGACGAUUCUUCCGCUUCUUUGGGUUCCUUCAAUCCUUCGAGCGGGUAUCUACCCUCCUUUCGAAUGGGGGAAUUGGUUCUGUAGCCGGUUGGAUAGACCUCGCUAAAUGGACUUGCUUCAGUCUGUAUUUCGUACUUGAGGAUUUGACAAUCCUGCAUGCUAUGGGUGUCUAUGCGGUGCCAUGGGAGGAACAGGUCAUGCGUGAGGCUAAUACCUUCUGGUUCUAUGCAAUUUCGCUCUCAAUUCUUGGCUCUGUUUAUGCGCUUCUGUUCUCUGGGGCUUCUGGGCAGAAGGCCAAGUCCAAGGAUGGCAAGAAGAACAUCAACGAGAAGAACGGGAAGACGGAAAAGGUUGGGAAGGCUGAGAAGCCUGCUCCUGGUGUGAAUGCCUCGGCCUUGAUGAAAGACCUUGUAGUGGAUGGGUGUGACAUUCUACUCCCUGUGACACUUUUGGGUUGGUAUCAUCCUGGUGAUCUUGUCGUUGGUGGCACAAUGGCGUUGAGUACGUGGUUGACCGGGUCGAGCAUCUGGGCUCAGAGCGAAGACAAAAAGAUGGACUCGCGGGGAAUCGAACCCCGGACCACUCCCAUGCUAAGGGAGUAUUAUACCACUAAACCACAAGCCCAUUUGAUGAAGAGGGUGUCAUUAUAA